AUAUCGGCUUGAAAUGUCAACUGUUAACUCUUUUCAAUUAAUGCUGCCUGACCUGCUGAGUUCCUCCAGUAGUUCAUGUGCGUUGCUUGGAUUUCCAAUGUUUGCAGGUUUUCUCUUGCUUUAUUUGAUAUUUGAUAUGUUUCAAUGAGCUCCCCCUCAUCCUUCUAAAUUCCAGUGAGGGAAGGUCCAGAGCAAUCAAUUGCUUCUCAUACAAUAAGCUUUUCAUUCCAGAAAUCAUUCUUGUAAGCCUCCUCUGCACCCUCUCCAAUGUCAUCACUUCCUUUUUAGAUACGGGGCCCAAAACUGCUCACAAUACUGCAAGUGAGGCCUCAUGACUGCCUCAUAAAUAUUUAAAAUGUCGAUAUCCAUGGGUCAGGUGCUGGAGGAUUGGAGGAUAGCUCAUGUAGUUCCGUUGCUUAAAAAAGGCUCAAAAAGUAAGCCGGGGAAUUAUAGGCGGGUAAGUUUGACAUCGGUAGUAGGUAAAUUAUUGGAAGGAAUACGAAGAGAUAGGGCCUACAAGUAUUGGAUAGACAGGGACUUAUUAGAAAAAGUCAGCAUGGCUGUGUGCGUGGUAGGUCAUGUUUACUCAAUCUGUUAGAGUUUUUCGAGGAAGUUACCAGGAAAUGGAUGAAGGAAAGGCAGUGGAUAUUGUAUACAUGGACUUCAGUAAGGCCUUUGACAAGGUCCCGCAUGGGAAGUUAGUUAGGAAGACUCAGUCGCUAGGUAUACAUGGAGAGAUAGUAAAUUGGAUUAGACAUUGGCUCAAUGGAAGAAGCCAGAGAGUGGUAGUGGAGGAUUGCUAUUCUGAGUGGAGGCCUGUGACUAGUGGUGUGCCACAGGGAUCAGUGCUGGGUCCAUUGUUAUUUGUCAUCUAUAUCAAUGAUCUGGAUGAUAAUGUGGCAAAUUGGAUCAGCAAAUUUGCUGAUGAUACAAAGAUUGGAGGUGUAGUGGACAGUGAGGAAGGUUUUCAAAGCUUGCAGAGGGAUUUGGACUAGUUGGAGGAAUGGGCAGAAAAAUGGCAGAUGGAGUUUAAGGCUGUCACAGCUACCUGGACUAUUCCUCUUCCCACCCUGUCUCUUGCAAAAAGGCUAUCCCCUUCUCACAAUUCCUCCAUCUCCACCACAUCUGCUCUCAGGAUGAGGCUUUUCUUUCCAGGAUAAAGGAGAUGUCUUCCUUUCUCUAACUUCCGUUAAUGCCCCUCCUCCCCCUCUUACCCCAUCCAUAACAUAUUUAGUUGUUUUCCUGUUCGCCAUCUCCCUCUGGUGCUCCCCCCCCCCCCCCCCCUUUCUUUCUCCUGAGGCCUCCCAUCCCAUGAUCCUUUCCCUUCUCCAGCUCUGUAUCUUCUCCUAUCAUUUCGCAUUUCCCCCUCCCCCCCACUACUUUCAAAUCUCUUACUAUCUUUCCUUUCGGUUAGUCCUGACGAAGGGUCUCAGCCCGAAACGUCGACAGCGCUUCUCCCUAUAGAUUGCUGCCUAGCCUGCUGUGUUCCACCAGCAUUUUGUGUGAGUUGUUGUUAGAUGGAGUUUAAUGAGGACAAGUGUGAGGUAUUGCACUUUGGAAGGUCAAACCAAGGGAGAACAUACAAGGUAAAUGGUAGGACACUGAGGAGUGCAGCAGAACAGAGGAAUCUGGGAGUACAGAUACAUAAUUCCCUAAAUGUGGCGUCACAAUUAGAUAGGGUUGUAAAGAGAGCUUUUGGUACAUUGGCCUUAAUAAAUCAAAGUACUGAGUAUAAGAAUGGGAAUGUAAUGGUGAGGUUGUAUAAGACACUGGUGAGACCGAAUUUGGAGUAUUGUGUGCAGUUUUCGUCACCUAAUUACAGGAAGAAUAUUAAUAAGGUUGAAAGAGUGCAGAGAAGGUUUACAAGGAUGUUGCCGGAACUUGAGAAACUGAAUUACAGAGAAAGGUUGAAUAGGUUAGGACUUUAUUCCCUGGAGCAUAGGAGAAUAAGGGGUGAUUUGAUAGAGGUGUAUAAAAUUAUGAUGGGUAUAGAUAGACUGAAUGCAAGCAGGCUUUUUCCACUGAGGCCAGAGGAGAAAAAAAACAGAGGUCAUGGGUUAAGGGUUUAAAGGGAACAUUGGGGGGGGGGUGGAUUCUUCACGCAGAGAGUGGUGGGAGUGUGGAAUGAGCUGCCAAAUGAAGCAGGCUCACUUUUGACAUUUAAGAAAAACUUGGACAGGUAUAUGGAUGAGAGGGGUUUGGAGGGAUAUGGCCCAGGUGCAGGUCAGUGGGACUAGGCAGAAAAACUGGUACAGCACAGCCAAGAAGGGCCACAAGACCUGUUUCUGUGUUGUAAUGAUUUAUGGUUCUAUGUAAUACCAUGCACUCUUAUCUUGUUAAGCAGUCUCAUUUGUGGCACCUUGUCAAAGGCUUUCUAAAAAUCCAAGUACACAACAUCCAUCAAUUCUCAUUUGACUAUUCUGUUAGUUAUUUCCUCAAAGAAUUCUAAUAGAUUUGUCAGGCAAGAUUUUCCCUUAAGGAAACCAUACUGACUUCGGCCUACUUUACCAUGUGCAUUCAAGUAUUCUGAGAACACAUCCUUAACAAUUGACUCCAGCAUCUUUUUCACCACUGAGAUCAGGCUAUCUGAUCUUCAGCCUUUCUUCUUUUUUUCUUGAAGCGUGAAGAGUCAUUUGCAAUUUUCCAGUCCUGCAGAACCAUUCUAGAAUCAAAUGAUUCUUGAAAGAUCCUUAUUAAUGUCUCCACAAUCUCUUCAGAUACUCUUUCAGAAACCUAGGGUAUAGUCCAUCUAGUCCAGGUGACUUGUGUAUACCUUCAGACCUUUCAGCUUCCCAAGAACCUUUUCUCUCAUAAUAGCAACUGCACCCACUUCUCCCCCUGGCACUCUCAAACAUCUGGCACACUGCUAGUGUCUUCUAAAGUGAAGACUGAUGCAAAUAAAAUUAUUCAGUUGGUGCAGUAUUUGCUUGUCCCCAUUACUACCUCUGUAGCAUGAUUUUCCAGUGGUGCAAUGUCUGCUCUCACCUCUCUUCUUUUAGUAUCCUCUUUGAUAUUAUGUUCUAGCUUACCUUCAUUUUUCAACUACCCCCCUCAUCUCUUAGCUUUUUAGUUGCCUUCUGUUGGUUUUUAAAAGUUUCUCAGCCUUCUAACUUCUCACUAAUUUUUGCUGUAUAAUAUGCCCUCUCUUUUGCUUUUAUGUUGGCUUUGACUUCCCUUGCCAACCACAGUUCCCUCAUCCUGCCUUCUUCUUUGGGAUGUAUCUGUCCUGCCAGCAUUGUUCACAGAAAUUCUGGCCAUCAGUGCUCUGCUGUCAUUCUUGCUAGUGUGCCCUUUCAGUCAGCUUUGCCCAGAUCCUCUCUCAUGCCUUUGUAAUUCCCUUUACUCCUUUAUAAUACAGAUACAUCUGACUUUGUUUCUCCUUCUCAAAUUGAAGAGUGAACUCUAUCAUAGUAUGAUCACUACUCCCCAAAGGUUCAUCUUAAGUUCCCUAAUCCAAUCUAGAUCAUUACACAACACACAAUUCAGAAUAGCUGAUCCCCAAGUGGGCUCAACCACAAGCUGCUCUGAAAAAACAUCUUGUAGGCAUUCUAAAAAAUCUCUCCCUUGGGAUCCAGCACCAACCUAAUUUUCCUAAUCUACCUGUAUUUUGAAAUCUCUCAUGACUAUCAAAAUGUUGCCCUUUUAACAUGCCUUUUUUAUCUUCCAUUGUAAUUUGUAUCCCACAUCCUGGCUACUCUUUGGAGACCUGUAUAUAACUCUCAUCAGAGUCUUUUUACCCUUACAGUUUCUUAUCUCUACCCAGUUCUGCAUCUUCCUAUGUCACCUCUUUCUAAUGAUUUGAUUUAAUUUUUUACCUACAGAGCCACACCACUACCUUUAUCUACCUACCUGUCCUUUUGAUACAAUGUGUAUCCUUGGAUGUUAAGCUCCCAACUACAAUCUUCUCUCAGCCAUGACUCAGUGAUGUCCACGUCACAUCUGCUCAUCUCUAACUGCGCUACAAGAUCAUCUACUUUAUUCUGCAUAUUGCAUGCAUUCAAAAUUAAAACCUUCAGUCCUGUAUCCAACACCCUUUUCGACCCUUCUUCUACUCUGCAACUCAAGUCAAGUCAAGUCACUUUUAUUGUCAUUUCGACUAUAACUGCUGGUACAGUACAUAGUAAAAAUGAGACAACAUUUUUCAGGACCAUGGUGUAACAUGACACAGUACAAAAACUAGACUUAACUACGUAAAAAAAAAAACAACACAGAGAAAUCUACACUAGACUACAGACCUACACUCAUCCUACUGACUGCAAUUUUGCCCUAUUAUCUGCCUACCUUUCCUGGCAAUUCCCUACACACUGCCUCUGCUUGUAAACCACAGCCAUGUCCCCAGCCCCAUCACACUGUCCCCACCCACCGCCUGCCAAAUUAAUUUAAACCCACCCAAUAGCUCCAGCAAACCUCGGGUUCAGGUGCAGCCUAUCCCUUUUGUGUAGGUCAUACCUUCCCCAGAAGAGAUCCUAAUGAUCCAGAAAUCUAAAACCCUGCCCCUGCACCAGUUUUUCAGCUACGCAUUCAUCUGCCAAAGCAUUCUAUUCCUACUUUCACUGGUGUGUGGUACAGGUUGCAAUCCAGAGAUUGCUACCCUAGAUGUUCUGCUUUUCAGCUUUCUAUCUGGACCCCUAAAUUUUCUUUUCAGGACUGCCUAGGUUUUCCUACCUAUAUCAUUGAUGUCAAUAUGUAACAAGACUGUUUACCGUUACCUGGAAAACUUCAUGGACCCGAUCCGAGACAUUUCUGACCUUGGCACCUACCAUCCAGGUGUCUCUAUUGUGUCCACAGAAUCUCAUGUCUGCUUGUCUAACUAUAGACUUGUCUAUCAGCACUGCAGUCCUCUUCUCGCCCCAUCUUCUGAACACAAUGCCAAACUCAGUUUCAGGAACCUGGUCAGUACAGCUCAGCCCCUGCUAGUUGUCCCCUUUAACGUUAUCCAAGACAGUAUACUUAUUAUUUUGGGGAAUGGCCACAGGAGUACUCUGCACUGGCUGCCGUUUCCCUUCUCUCUCUUGACAGUCACCCAUUGUCCUGCCUCCUGCAACGUAGGAGUGAAUACCUCCUUGUAGCUCCUCAGUUUUUUGUAUGAGCUGAAGGUCAUUAAGCUCCAGAUCCUUAACACAUUCUCUGAGGAGCUGCAGCUCAAUAUGCCUGGUGCAGAUGUGGUUAUCCAGGAGGCUGGAGGUCUCCCAGAACUCCCACAUCUCACACAAAACCCAACACAGCUCCUGGAGUCAUUCUCACUGCACUAUGAACUACACAGACAAAGAAUGAAGAAGAAAAACCUAUCAAAUACUUAUUACAUCCAAGCCUGAUGAGACAAAACCUCUCCACUCACACAAUGGCUGCUCUGCUCGUCCCUGCCUUAUUUUUAUUUGUCUUUGCUAACGUGAGAGGUUUCCUGAUUCACUGUGAUUGCGCCAACAAAAUCUUGCAAAAACUCCUUUAUUCAAAUCUUUUGCUUGCUGACCUGCAUUUGGCCUCCUGUGUUAAUUUGACAGUGACUGUGCUGUGAGAUUUAGUACAAAUCAGCAUCAAGAUAGGCACAACAUUGCAGGCUGAAUGGCCUGCAUAGUGCUGUUCUAGUUCUAUGUUUAAUUUUGACACCAUCCAGCAGUUUGCUGGGUCACAAGUGCUGUUAUGAGUUGGUCAUAUUGCAUCUGGAUUUACAUAGAGGAUUGGCAGCUAAGAAUUCCUGAUUUCCUUACCUGAAGCUCUUUAAUGAAGCUAUGGGUUCAUUACAAUCAUUCUCAUUAUUACUGAUCCUACGUUUCCAAAGUUCAAAGUUAAUUUAUUGUUAAAAUAGAUAUGUAUAUGUUUCAAUAUACUGCAUGAGAAUCAUUUUCUUGCAGACAUUCAUAGUAGAGAACUGAGAAACACAAGAGAAUCAAUUAAAAACUACACACGAACAGAAACUGACAAAAAAACAAUGUGCAAAAGAAGACAAAACUGUACAAAUACAAAAUAAUAAUAAUAAAUAAGUAAACAAAUAUAUGAGUUGUAGAGUCCUUAAAAGUGAAUCCUUAGGUUGUGGAAUCAGUUCAUUAUUGAGGUGAGUGAUGUUACUCACACUGGUUCAGGACCCUGAUGAUUGAAGGGUAAUAACUAUACCUAAACCUGCUGGUGUAUAUUUUCAACUAAUUGCUCUGGUGGAAUUAAAUCUAAUUAGUAGUCCAGUCCUCUCAUUUCUAACCACUAAAUUCUAUCAAAGGUAUUAUUUUAACAGCUUAGUUCAUUUUGAUAAUGUGUCAAGGAUAUUAAUGUGUCACCAAGUCAGUUUAAUUCCCUCGCUGCACUUGUUUCCAAUGUCAAUGGCUGCAGUCCACCUCAAAGACCUCAGAGUCUGCGAUUUGUGUGAUUUCCUUUUUUUCUUGGAGAAAUAAGCACUUUGCAUAUUGCAGAUCAUUUAUUCUAUUUAGAGAUUCAACACAGUUAACGGGUCCUUCCAGCCCAAUGAGCCUGCACCACCCAAUUACACCAUGUGACCUAUUAAGGAAACCAGAGCACUUAGAGGAAACGCAUGCAAACAUGGGAGAAUGUACAAACUCUUUACAGACAAUGGUGAGAAUUGAACCCGGGUCGCUGAUUGCUGGUGCUGUAAAGCACUUUCACUAACUGCUACGCUCCCAUGCCAUCCUUUAUGUUUGUUUCAUUGAGAUUUGUAUGUAGAUUUAGAAUUAGAUCUAAGAUUUAGAUUUAGAUCCCAUGAUUUGAACUAAUUUAUCUAGAGAUAAGCAGUGUAACAGGCCCUUUUGGCCUAACCACCCCAGGCUGUCCAAAUACACCUGUACAUUUUUGGAAUGUGGGAGGAAACCUGUGUUGUCACAGGGAGAAUGUACUAACUCCCUACAGACAGUGGAAGAAAUUAAAGUCAUAGAUUCAUAAAGCUUUACAGCACAGAGACAGGCCCUUCAGUCCAUCUAGUCCAUGCAUAACUGAACCCAGGUUGCCGGUGCCAUAAUCGCAUUACGGUGUGAGCUGUGUCUGGAAAACUUACCAAGUUUGCAUUUGACUUUGAAGCUGCUUGUAGGGUUUAAUUUAAGCCAAAAUUUGCACUUGUCUAUCCACAAAUAUCUGUCAUCACCUUUCCUUUUAUUUUAAGAACAACAGAAUAUAUCAACAUAGAACACUUGUGAGGGGACUUGUCUACUAUGGGAGGGAUUUCAGACUCUGAUUGACUGGACCUUCUGAAUAUAUUUCAAUCCCAAUGAAAGGCUUGAACCUUGGAUUCCACUUCCAGCUCCAUUGAUGCUGCCUGACCUGCUGAGUAUUUUCUUAUGCUUGUUUUUUUCAGCAUUCGAAUUCUGAUUUCAUGAAGCUAUUGCAUUUUGCUUUAUAUGAACAUUUAAAAGUACCGUAAGCACAAUGGCAUCCAAAUUCUGAAAUUGAAAUGGAUGUAGAUAGACGAGAAUAUUAAGAGAGUGGCUGGGCUGAGAGAGGGAGGAUCUGGGUGCCGCUUCUUCCCCAGAAGGGGCACGUUUGGUCUCUUUCUACCGUCGGGGAGAUUUUAUUUUUCCGCGAGAUACUAAAAUGGAAGCUUUGGACAGGACUCUAAAUCACUAUUUUGUUUUGUGGUUUGGGCCAAGAGAUCGCCGAGUUGAGGGCUUUUUCCUUCUUGAUACGUACCCUCCAACGUUUAUACUCAGUCUUCUAUACCUGUUUGUGGUUUGGGUCGGACCGAAGUACAUGCGGAAUAAGCCACCCUUAUCUUCCAGGGGCGUACUCGUGGUUUAUAACAUUGGAUUGACUCUCCUUUCCUUAUACAUGUUCUGUGAGCUGGUGAAAGGUGUUUGGGACGGUGGAUACAGUAUUUUCUGUCAGGACACACACAGCGCUGGUGAGGCUGAUCUAAAGAUUAUCCGUAUCCUAUGGUGGUACUACUUCUCUAAAGUCAUAGAGUUCAUGGACACAUUUUUCUUCAUUUUACGAAAGAACUACCAUCAGAUCACUAUUCUGCAUGUCUAUCACCAUGCCACCAUGUUCAACAUCUGGUGGUUUGUUAUGAACUGGGUGCCCUGUGGUCACUCUUUCUUUGGGGCUACCCUUAACAGUUUCAUUCACGUGCUUAUGUACUCCUAUUAUGGUCUCUCUGCCGUCCCAGCCAUGAGACCUUAUCUCUGGUGGAAGAAGUACAUUACUCAAGGACAAUUGCUGCAGUUUGUUCUGACGAUAAUCCAGACCAGUUUUGGUGUUUUCUGGCCCUGUGGAUUUCCGAGUGGCUGGCUGUACUUUCAGAUUGGCUACAUGAUCUCCCUAAUUAUUCUCUUCACAAACUUCUACAUACAGACCUACAAGAAGAAGGGCGCUUGCCAAAGUAAAGACUGUCUAAAUGGCUCCACACUAGCCAUGAAUGGACACAGCAAUGGCCUCUUUGCACCAAUGGACCACCACUCAGCAAAGAAAACACACUAAGUUUCCAGGGCCUGCACGGCACAUCGUAGACACACUUAAGAUUUUUGUGACGUUCUAAAGCAGUUUCAAAGGUUACCAACGUGUUAACUAUAUCCGGUCCUGCGUUGUAUAGCCAGAGAGGCUGGGGACAUGGAACUGAAUAUUGUUGUGAUUAAUAGGGAAAAUAAAUUUAGAGCAACUUCUUUGUCCGAAAAGUCUUAGGUAGAGAAAUUCAUAACAGCUCUAUAUAAUUUUAAGGGUGGUAGAUUAUUUCCUGAACAUGAGCAAUGGACCCAGUGUAAAUCAGGUAAAAGUAGUUCAUUUUAGUUUACAAUACUCUUGUUGCCUUACUGCUUAUUUGUGUGUUAGGAAUUGUCUUGUAUUCAUUCUAAUCUUAAACCAUAUUUAUUCAUUUAAGCUGAAAUGUAAUUUGGCACAGAAUUUUGGCCCAAAUGCCUUAGCUUUACCUAAAGUUUCAAUGCUGCAUAAUUGUUAGGUUUUAACCAUUUCACGAAUCCCAUAUCUCCUUUGUAUAAAUAUACUCUCAGUGGCCAUUUUAUCGGUAUCUCCUGUAGCUAGUAAAGUGGCCACUGAGUGAGUGUUUGUGGUUUUUUGCUGCUGUGGCCCAUGCACUUCAAGGUUCAACACGUUGUGCAUUCAGAGAUGCUCUUCUGUACACCACUGUUGUAAAACAUGGUUAUUUGAGUUACUGUUGCCUUCCUGUCAGCUCAAACCAGUCUAGCCAUUCUCCUCUAUCCUCCGAUUAUCAAGGUGUUUUCGCCCACAGACCUGCUGCUUAUUAGAUUUGUUUUUUGUUUCUCGCACCGUUCUUUGUAAACUCGAGUCUUAUGCAUGAACAUCACAGGAGAGCAAUAUCUGAGAUUCUCAAACCACCUGGUCUGGCACCAACAAUCACUCCACAGUCAAAGUCACUUAGAUCACAUUUCUUUCCCAUUCUAGUGUUUUGGCUGAACAACAACUGACUCUAUUGACCAUAUCUGCAUGCUUUUACGCAUUGAGUUCCUGCCACUUGAUUGGUUGAUUAUAUAUUUGCAUUAAUGAGCAGAUAUACCUCAUAAACUGGCCUCCGAUUGUCCUAGUUGGCUCGUCCGUUUUAAAAAAUAGGAUUGUACUGUGCUGGCACAUAGAUGAUUGAGGUGUGUUUAAUACAGUCAAUUCCUUGACAGUAUAGAUGACUACUCCAUCUUCAGAAGUUAUCCACCCUUUUUGACUGAUUGCUUCUGAUUUGACUUAGCUAGUUGGUAGAGGAUUUCUUACCAUUUUGAAAUUUCCACUUUCACCAGUGGAUCUGGUCCCAUACUAUUGCUUUAUCUGACUUCACUUUACCCAUGCCCAGAACUCCAACACCACUUCCGCUUCCUUCUCAAAAAAUUUCUGCUGUUGCACCUGAGGUUGCUCGCAGAGUUAACUUCAGGCUCUGAGUUCCAAGGUUUCCCAGGAAGAAGUAAAUGUCUUCGCUGAGAGUGUAAACGGUAUCCUCCUCUUCCUUGUUCUCCCCCUAUUCCUCCUUCUCCUUCUCUCCCCCUCCUCCUCUCCCUCCCAACCGGGGCAUAGGCCACUCUCAGCAGCUCGUCAGAGUGCUCGAUCCUGGGCCAGUGUUUCAAGUUGUCCCCAGGUGAAGCCCAUCUUCAAAGAUCCUUCCUCUCUCAGGGCUGAGGUCUUUGGAACUGGUAUUGCCAUUUCUGUAGCUCUGGGUUUUUACCUGAUGAGAUUUCUAGUGCCAUGCUCUUCUCCUUUCACAGCCAGGAUGAGGACCGUGCACAGUGGAGUCGGUGUAAACCGUAAAUGCUGGAAAUUCAUAAUCUCCCAGAGAGCAUAUGAAAGGCGAGGAAUUGUUUUUGUUUCUGGAGGAACCUGUGGUUUCAGCAUUUUCUGUUUUCAGUUCCAGUUUCCAGUGAUCCUAUUUAGUAUUUAUAGAGGAUACACAUAUAACAUAAAAUCAGAAAUACAUUGGUGGUAAGUUCCCCAUUUCUGUUGGUUAAAGAAACCUUUUGACUGAAUCUGGCACACACAUUAAUAGACACAUCUUUAAGUGUUGGUUUGUGGGGUAGCAUGAGGAAAUCAGAUAACCACAAGGCAUAGGAGCAGAAUUUGUCUGCUCUACCAUUCCAUCAUGGCUGAUUUAUUAAUCUUCUCAACCCUAUUCUCCUCUCUUCUCCCUGUAACCUUUGACACCCUUAGUAAACAAGGACCUAUGAACCUCCAUUUUAAGUUACCCAAUAACUUGAAUUCUACAGAUUCACCACCCUCUGGUUAAAGAAAUUCUUCCUCAUCUCUGUUUAAAUGGACAUUCCUAUAUUCUGAGGCUGUGCUCUCCGGUCCUAGUCUCCCCCAUGAUAGGAAACAUCCUCUCCACAUCCACUCUAUCUUUCUAGACUUUAAAUAUUUGAUAGGUGUCAGUGAGAAACCCCCCCCCCCCCCCAUUCUUCUAAACUCCAGAGAAUACAGGCAUAGAGCUAUCAAACACUCCUCAUAUGUAAACCAUUCACUCCCAGGAUCAUUUUCAGUGGAAGUGGUAUUUCUUUGAAUAAUUCAUGCAGUUACACUUAUGCCUUAACAAAAUAGCAGGAUUCAAAACAACAUUGGAAUCUCUAUGCGUAGAAAGAAAAAUUGCAUAAUGGUUUCUAAUUUGCAUUAAUCAGCCAUGCAUCGACCUUAACUCUCUCCACUGUAUUUGAAGUAUAUGCCUGUGCAUAGCUAAUGCCUCAGUUGCUUCCCAGUCACAUGAAUAAAUACUGUGAAUAGGCAUCAUAUCAUUCUUCUUACUAAAAAGACAGUAUGUUAUCUAAUAACAUUUUUGCCUCUGGCGAUGUAGGAUAGACCCCUGGUUCCUUUAAGUGGGUGUAUUCUCAGUGGAAGUAUAAGCUGUGAGAAUUUUUUUUUUGACCUGGUGCCUGUAAAUAUUGCGCACCACUCUUUGGCCAGCCCACAUCUUCAGCCGAAUCGAUGAGCUGAAUUACCAAAUUCAAGCUCAAUAUAGAGUCAUAGAGCACCACAACACAUAAACAGGCCCAUCGACCCAUGUAGUCCAUGAUGAACUAUUAUUCUGCCUAGUCCCAUCAACCUGUAUCGAGACCAUAGCCCUUUAUACCCCUCUUGUCCAUGUACUUAUCCACUUCCGAUGGCAGCUCAUUCUACACUUUAACAACCCACUGAGUGAAGAAGCUUCCCCUCAUGUUCCCUUUAAACAUUUCACCUUUCACCCUUAGCCCUUGACCUCCAGUUCCAGUCCCACCAAACCUCAGUGGAAAAGGCCUGCUUACAUGUACGUUAUCUAUCUAGGUACCCUUCAUGAUUUUGUACACCUUUAUCAAAUCUCCCUUCAUUCUCUUACACUCCAGGGAAUAAAGUCCUGUAGUCUAACCAUGGAAUAUCACCACCGAAUGGGGUUUACACACCCCAGCAUGGGAGUGUGUCAUGUAUUGAUUGAUCAUUUGAGACUAAGGAUAAAAUAUGUCCCUAUCACUUAAUAUCCAAAGUAUUGCACAACUCAGUUCUGAAGCCUUGGAGAUUGGUGAGUUAGAGCACCUAAAGUUUUGGUGGAAACACUACAAUGUUAAUGAAGCUAGAUUUUUUUUUACAGCUCAUUUGAGCUCAUAGAAAGACACAGUCUUUACUGAAUUUGAAAUUGUGUGCUGUUGGAUCUUGACAGUGAGACAUUCCAAUGUGACAAUUAUUACCUCUCUGGAUAAGAAUAAUUGGUGUUAAUGUUUGUGAAGGGAGCAAAUAGUUUGAUAUCACACACAGAAUGGUGGAGGAACUCAGCAGGUCAGGCAUCACCUAUGGACAGGAAUAAACAGUCGACAUUUUGAGCCAAGACCCUUCAUCAGGUUGCUCUGGACUUCCAGUAUCAGCAGAAUCUCUUGUGUUUAUAAAAUGUUUGCUAUAUUUGGAGUUACCAAGGCUACCGUUGCCAGAUGGUCAGGGUUUCCAAGUACUUCUGGGAUCUCUGGUUGUUUUAAACACUGCAAGAGUCAAGGACUGAAUCCUGACAGUGAAUGUUUGCCUAGUGGAGGUGACUAAGAGGGCGGAUACAGAUAAAAAUAAAAUCAAAGAAUGGCUGACUCAAGCCUAGUAGCUAUCGUGGGAGCUAGAAUUUCCCCGUUGGAGAAUUACACAACAGGGACUUUUUUGUUCAGAACUUUACAUAGGUUUCUCUAACACAUCUCAAAAGGAAAAUUAAUGCUAGGCCUGUGUCGAAUCAAAGGCUGCGAAUAUUGUGAGCUACAAGCAAAACUAUUUGUGUUGUCUUAAGUGUGACACACUGUAUCCCUCUUCUCGAAUAAGUACUGAAUUAUUCAGUUAUGCUGCUCUCAAGUGUCAAAUCACAUGUUUUAUUUGGUAAACGUUGAUUAUGAGUGUGCUGUUCUAACCUGUGUCCGAGUAACUUGUAUAGUCAUCAGUUGUAACAAUGACACACUCAAAAUUUACACAAUUAAAACCUUUA